GGCCCAGCCGCUCCCGCUGGGCGCCCCGAGCGGGUCCGGCCCGGGGAGCGGGGGCCGCGGCCGCCGAGGAUGGGGAAAUCCAACAGCAAGUUGAAACCUGAAGUUGUGGAAGAGCUGACCAGGAAAACCUACUUCACAGAGAAGGAAGUACAGCAGUGGUACAAGGGCUUCAUUAAGGACUGCCCCAGCGGGCAACUAGACGCGGCUGGCUUCCAGAAGAUCUACAAGCAGUUCUUCCCGUUCGGAGACCCCACCAAGUUUGCCACGUUUGUUUUCAACGUUUUCGAUGAGAACAAGGAUGGCAGGAUCGAGUUCUCAGAGUUCAUCCAGGCGCUGUCGGUGACCUCACGGGGGACCCUGGAUGAGAAGCUGAGGUGGGCCUUCAAGCUCUAUGACUUGGAUAACGAUGGCUACAUCACCAGAAAUGAAAUGCUGGACAUAGUGGAUGCCAUUUACCAGAUGGUGGGGAACACUGUGGAGCUCCCAGAAGAGGAGAACACGCCAGAGAAGAGGGUGGACCGGAUCUUCGCCAUGAUGGACAAGAAUGCGGAUGGGAAGCUGACGCUGCAGGAGUUUCAGGAAGGUUCCAAGGCUGACCCCUCCAUUGUGCAGGCACUGUCUCUCUACGAUGGGCUGGUAUAGUCCAGGCCCUGAGCUGGGAUGUCUGGGAACCACUUGCCUCUUCCUGUGCCAUGAGGCCACCGCAGCCUGACACCUCCCCUGUGCCCACCCAGCCUUCUUCCUCAUCCACACACAGCCGGCUGCCCUUGAGCCUCCAGGCCCCGGCUCUCUUUCCCCCUGCCCUGCACCCACCUGCCGCCUGAAGCCACUGGCUUCAAUUGUCAACAACCUCUGCUUGUCCGAAACAACGACAAACCGAAAUGGAAAAGGCUCCAGCCCUCUGCAAAACUAAGGACUCGGCUGCCCUGCUCCGGCAGCCGCCCCGUCCCUCCUGCUCUCCUGCGUGUGUGUAUUCAUUUCUUUAUUUCAAAUGGACAUUGUGAAACAAACAACCUUCUGUUAUAGAAGAUACUGACCAGAAGGCCUCUUCCUGGUCCCCUGCGGCGGUGGCUGGGGGCCGGGGCUGCCUGGUGAGCGCUGUCCCAGCCCAGCCUUUUGCAGCGAGGCCAUCAGCAGGCAAGGAUGGUUGGUAAUUGGUGGCCCAUGUGAUCACUAACAGUAUUGUGUGUUUUGUGGGGAAAGUGAGUUUUUUUUUUUUACUCAUAUAUAAUCGAUACCUUUUUAUUUAUUGGUUGUUAACUAUUGCUGCUGCCUCGUGUGUCCAAAGCUCCCAGGACUCUGGGCUUCCGUUUACAUGUGCAUACCCUCACUACCUGCCCACCUCAUUUGGGAGGAUGGUGGCCUGCAGCGGCCAAGAAGCCAAAAACCCUCUUUUUUCUCUCUUUUAUGCAGAUACUGUGUUCCACAUUUGGAGAGGGGAAGGUGGGCAUUCCUGAACGGUUAGUGUGCUGUUCCCACCCUCUUCCCCUUUGCUGAUGCCCUGUCAUCCCUACCUCUCUCCUCUGCCCUCUUUGGGUCCAUAACAUUUUUUUUCAAGGACAUAUGAGGCAUUUUUUUGAUUGGCAACUCUUGCUCUGGUGUUCGAAGCAGUGAGAAAAUGGGGAGCCUUGUCCCAAGAAUAGAAGCCGGGAAAAAGGCAUCAGCACGCAGUGGAGAGUAUGGAGUCGUUUUCUCCGAAAACAUCUGGCAGAAGUAACGAGGCCUCUGUUUCCUUGUUGCGGAGGGGUGCGAGUACCCCUGAACCCAUCUGUUGCUUUCCUGCCUCUAUCUACCUUUAGCAGUAGGCUAUGUGGGUUUUUCCUUUGCUAGGAUGUUGGGGGGAGGGGAAUGAGAGGAGGGACCCAGGACAGGUUCCUUGAUCUUGAGGGCCACAUCCAGAGUCAGGAAUGGCCCUACAGCUGUCACCGGGACUAUCAGGCAACCCUGGACAGGAGGUGAGGAGCCCGAGGCUGAGUUAGCUCUGUGAUUCUGAAUAAUUCUUUGCUUUCUCUGGGCCUCAGCAGAGGGUCAGCAGAGUGGCAGGCCUGGUGGUAGUUCCUGAAGGCCACCUUCCAUGCCAUCACUGUCUGAUUCUUGGUCUGGAGCUCAGGCUCUUGCAUUUGUGACACUGCUCUGUGGUUGCAUUUGCCAGGCUCUGGGUUGUCUGAGUGACAGCAUGGCCCUGAUUUGGUCCCUGAGCACAGUCCUCUGUUGCCUGAGUGUGGGGUCUGCUCAGAGGCUGGCUGUGUUUGGUAGCGCCCCCUUGCGCCUCCCUUUAGUGUUCCCUAGACUCUUAAGCUCCUUUUAGCCUAGAACUCAUUCUCGCCCUGGGAAGGUUUCCCAGGCAUUCAUUGCUGAGAACCUGGUCUGGACCCACAGCUCUUACUUCUACUUUGUAAAGUACACAGCCUCUCUGCUCACCCUUGAGAGGGGAAAACAGCCCCUGAUUUCUGUUCUGCUCUGAAUCUUUUGAUCUCCAUUCACUUCUGGGAGGCCAGAAUCUCCCCUGCCAAUCACCCUUGGGUGAGCAGCCUUCCCCCAGAUGGAUGACCUCCAUAAAGAGGUAGCUCUGUCCUGCCUGUCCAUUUCUUUGGGGUGAGAUGCUCAGUCAGCUCUGAGAAGGCCCCUUGCUUGUGUGGAGCCCACUGCCCCCCUCCCCCCGAUCUCACAGGGCCGCACUUGCACAGGCAACUUUCUUGGAGGCCCCUUUGGUCAGCUUCUGGCUCAGUCACUGGCUCAGGAAGACGAGUUCUCACCACUGAUGGCUACAGGGCCUCAGCCUGGCUGUAACAGGGCCCCUAGGAGAUUGGUGGUUGUGGUGAUUUAGGGUGGAGAAGAUGAGAGCAGGCCUUUCUUGGACCUCUGGAGCCGCAGAUGCCCUCUCUGUUAGCAGCUGUCUGGGAGCAUUGAGACCCCGUGACUCCUGGCUGAGGACUGUAGGGUUAAGCACAGAACCCCUCAGCUGAGGCAUCCACUGAGUGGUCUGUGGGCCUGGCCUUCCUCCCAACAUCUUGAUCUUUUGGUUUGCAGCCUCCAGUUUGGAUUUUGGUCUUUAAAGAUUAUGUCCUUGGGCACUGCAGCCCUAUAUGUCCUGGGCCCAAACCUUGGGCACUGAGAUGGGCCUGGGCUGCCUUCUUCAGACACUGGUCGCUUUUAUUUAACGUUGCAUACUGACUGACUUUUCUUUCACCAGCCUUUAGCUGUGGUACACAGCUCACCCAGAAUCUGAGGCCAGGCCCCUCGUGAGCAGCCCGAUGCCCCACCCCAUCUGAUGCUGCUCUCUUUGGAGGGUCUAGCCUGUGAGGCCAGGCUUCUGGGCCCUCCGCAGACCCUCCUUCCUGGGGCCAGGGACCAGCUUCAGGUGGCCUGCUGUGGUCCCAUCUCUUCUUCCCAGUAUCUGCUCCCCACUUUGUGUUGAUGGUGACUUAGGAGAGCGUCAUGACUUUCAGAUAGUUAAUCAGGUGACAUUUAAAAUAACAUCAAAUGACAUCUCUUCCCUGAGUGCUUUGCAGUUUGACAGUCGAUUUCUUAGGAAGGUGCACCUGGGAUUUCGAGGACAUUGUCUCUUCAAGGGGAUGGUGGGGUGUGAGGUGCCUGGGGAUCCCCAGCAUCUCUCCAGAGAAAGCCCCCCCCCUUGGCCAAGUGGAAAGCUACCAUGUUCCUUCCCAGUGUAUUUAUGAGAUUGAAGGAUGCACAGGGACGCCCCCUGGUGGUGAUGAUCUGCAGUGACACCUGGGGGCUUUGCAGGUGCUGGGAUUGGAGGGGGCUGUGAUUCCAGAGGGCCCUGGGCCCCCAGCCCCACGUUAUUGGCAGCAGUCCCCCACCUGCCCCUUUGCUACAUAAUCAGACUGGCAAGGUAAUUAACAGAAUAACACAGUGGGAAGCCUUUCCCUCCCUCUUUUUUUUUUUUUUUUUUUAAAUAUCUGCGGAAUAAACCCAAUGGUUAAUUUUUGAAUGAAUAAAAGGCUUUUGUUGAAUAAACAGCUGGUCCCACCUUCUGUCUUGGUAUUAGGUUCAGGCUCUGUCUGCUCUCUAGGGUGGUGGGGGGCAACACCAGUACCCUUCCCCACCUCACUCCCCAACAAACUCAGUUCCCAAAUUCUGUGGAACUUGGGCGACCAGUUCUCUUCAUUAGAUGAGUUUUUCCCUGUCUCAGAUGGGAGGUUGGCACCUCGGAGGGGUGUCGUGAGGGCUGACUGAAUGUGACAACCAGAGUUCCUUUCAGAGAUGAUGGGUUGGUGCCCAUCAGAGUGGUCUGAGUUGUUAGUGCUGCAUCUGGGUCCUUCAGCUUUGGAAAGAAUUUUGGGUAACUUGCAAAAACAAAUCCCAGAAAGGCAGUGUGUUCUGGCUGUGGUUGUCUGUGUCCUCUCCUGCUUGCCUUCACACCACUCCUGAAGUCUCAUUUUGGGGUGCUGCCCUGUCUGUGUCUUGGGGGGAAGGGAGGCCCUCACCUGGUGGUGUGGGCCAGGGGUGAUGGGCUUUGUUGUAUGUCCAGGCCUCCUCCCUGCUCCCUGUAUGUCGUCUGUGUCUGGCCAAUUAAACAUGCUUCCUGGACCUGUCCUCA